CGAAAUGACAAGUCGAUCGCAGUGUGCCGAUUUGCAUGGCCCUGAUUUGAUGGCUGAGAACCUUAUACAGAAGGUUGUAACAGGUAACCCGAUGAAGUAUCGGCGCUAUCAGUGAUGUCGGGACUUCGCGUUCUCGGGCCCGAAGGUUGCCAUUUCAAGUUGCGAAGCGCCCGAAAUACAACGCGCGCGCCCGAAAAGCAUGAUACAUGAAUUAGGCACCAAAGUGGUAGUGAAUAUAUAAUAUGAAGAUAUCUCAAAGAUCAUUUUCUCAAAUAACUCAGCAACCAAGUCUUUAGCUUCUUCAUCCCUAUUAUCAUCCAGACGAAACAAUCAGCAACCUCACAAUUUCAAACCAUAAGAACUCGACCACCUCUAACAUCAGGAUAAACACUUGCACAUCUUUUAUAUAUUCAACUCUUCAAGAUGCCAUCUACAACCCCAACCCCCAAACUCGCAAUCAUCGGCGCCGGCCCUGUCUCUUUGACCCUUGCCAACAUCUUGCAGAAAAACUGCAUCCCUUUCACCAUCUUCGAAGCCUCGCCCACCUUCCGCACUCAGGGCGGUUCUCUCGAUCUGCAUCCAGAAUCUGGCCAGCUGGCGCUCAAAGAAGCCGGCUUAUGGAACCAGUUCAUGAAACACGCACGGCCAGAGAGCGAUGUGAUGAAGAUUGUAUCAUUAGACGGAGAGGUCUUGUGGGAUGAGAAUGGAGCGGAUAAGCAUGAAGUGAAGGAGGACGAGAAGUUUAAUGGACGGCCCGAAAUCGAUCGUGUCAUGCUGUUGAAGAUUCUUUCCGAGAACCUGAAGAGCGACAACGUACAGUUGGGAAGGAAGCUUCAAGAGAUUGUACCAUCUGUUGCAGACGGUUCAAAGUACGACUUGCACUUCGCGGACGGCACUCAGGAGACGGCGUUUGACCUAGUGGUUGGUGGCGAUGGCGCUUGGUCAAAGGUUCGCAACCUCCUUUCCGAUACAAAACCAGAUUAUUCCGGCAUCUCAGCAGUGGAGUUCUGGUGCCAUGAUAUCAAGAAGAAUCCAUGGCUUCUCGACUACAUCGGCGAAGGAUCGAUGAUGGCAUUAGGAGAAGGUUGCGCCGUUCAAGCUCAGCGGCAGGGCGAUGGAAGUCUACGGGCAUACGCUGCCCUUCGCGUACCGGAGGAUUUCCUAGAAACAUGCGGCAUCAACUGGAGCGACACAGACAACGCACGCAUACAGUAUGUCGAGCGCUACUUCUCGCAUAUUUGCAACGACUUGAAACGCAUUGUCCUGGAAUCCCCAGAUGGCCUCUUUCUGCGGCCUCUCUACGAACUGCCGGUUGGCUUCACCUGGCCCUCCCGAUCAGGUAUCACUCUGAUUGGCGACGCAGCUCAUGUCUUCACGCCGUACGCAGGUGAAGGAGUCAAUGUGGGGAUGAACGACGCGCUGGUGCUCGCGCGGGAAAUCGCAAAUGCAUACAACAAUGAGACGGAUUUGGGAGAGGCAACGCGGGCUUAUGAACAGGAAAUGUUUCCUCGGGCGGCAAAAGCUGCCGCAAAAACGAUGAGGGGGAAGAUCAACCAUUUCAGUGCGAAUGGGGGGAAGGAAUUCGCGGACAUGUUCAAGGCGCAUUACUAUGGCAGCAGUAAGGCCGGGGUCGUUAGGGAUUCAGUGAAUUUGGCUGAUACAAUGCACGACGGGUCGAAGAUAGACAUACCUAGGAAUUAGUCAGAGUAUAAUGUAGCAGUAUUUGUCCACUCUGA